ACGAAAUUUCUGAUCUCUCUGUCAUUUCGGUCUUGUACAUUUGUGUGCGUUCGUGCCACAAACUUCGUGGUUUUUCGUAGUUUUUCAAUUUUUGUUGUGUUAACUCAUAUUUUGAAAUUGUAAUACAUCAUGGGUAAACCUCGUGGUAUUCGUACGGCUCGUAAACAUGUCAACCAUCGUCGUGUUCAAAAGUGGGCCGACAAGGACUACAAAAAGGCACAUUUGGGAACAAGAUGGAAGGCCAAUCCUUUCGGAGGAGCUUCUCACGCCAAGGGAAUUGUUUUAGAAAAAGUUGGAGUUGAAGCCAAACAGCCCAACUCUGCCAUCCGUAAGUGUGUCCGUGUACAACUUAUCAAGAAUGGAAAGAAAAUCACAGCUUUCGUACCUAGAGAUGGUUGUUUAAAUUAUAUUGAAGAAAAUGACGAAGUAUUGGUAGCUGGAUUCGGUCGAAAGGGUCACGCUGUUGGAGAUAUUCCCGGGGUUCGUUUCAAGGUUGUCAAAGUAGCAAAUGUUUCAUUACUUGCUUUAUACAAAGAAAAGAAGGAGAGGCCUAGGUCUUAAAUACAUAGUAUUGUGUAUUUUAUUAUUUUGUAUGAAUAAAAACAAAUUUAAACGGU